AUGGGGCCGUGGUCCAGCAAGUGGAGUAUCAAAGAUGAAAACAAGCUUCUUAACGAGCUUGGUACGGGUACUGACACAGCAACGAACCCAGGUGGAGAAAGUCUAGGAGCUGGAGGAGGACGUGAAGGAAGUGGAGGAGGAACAGAACCUGUGGCUGGUAAUGGGACUGGUAGCGUACCAAAUAGUGGUAGUACGAACGUUUACUACGACCACACCAACUUUUCUGGUAGCGCCAUAGCUACCUCAACGGAGCUCUACGAUUCUCUUGGAACCAUCAGCACGAUAUCUCAAGCGCAAACGCCCCACCUUUACACAUCAUCCAUAGGGAGUUCUAUAGAUGGCCAUUUGACACAGCUUACACAACUGACGAUACAAGAUUCAAAAAUUAGCCAAACUAUGGAUGGGACUAACCUGUCACCUUAUCAUACACCCGAGAGUGGUGCAGUGGCCGUAUCGUACAUUGGUAUGGGGGCUGUUGGAGGUGAGCAGAGCCCGCAAAUGGAUAUGCAGAACGAGUCAAAUGCUGCUCCUACGGCCCCUCACACUCCUCAAGGAGUUGAUCCUGCUCUUACAGUCUUGCAGCCUCCCGUCGCACAGCCUCAAGUAUUAACUUCGACGAUUCCGUCAUACUCCACAAUAUUACCCAGCUUCGGACACUACACUACUGGUAGUGGUGACUUCAGUUAUAGCGCAGCGUACUCGCAGUAUUCUAGUACACCUUAUAGUGGUUACAGCUAUGGACCAACUACAGGCGGGUUGCUCAAUUCAACGUACUAUUACUGUGAUGGAGACUCUAUACCAUCUUCACAAAAUUUCAAUGGGGGUGAGAACGCCUUGAACCUAGACUGUGCUACGGCAACAGCAGUAGAUGUGGCAUCACGUUCACCACUGGCGGCCACUAGAGCUAGUAGUGGUGCUAGCGCAGCUUCGCCAACGGGAAGUGCCUGUACUAAGCCCGAACUUUCGCAAACUCCUUCCGAUUUGUAUAUUGCCUAA